AUGGGUGAAGCGAUUCUGGACAACGCCAUGGACGGCUUCAACAACUGCCUCUUCGCCUAUGGGCAGACGGGUUCGGGGAAGACCCACUCGGUGCUCGGUGCCGACGAUCAACCCGAAAAUCGAGGGCUCCUUCCGCGAAUCCUUCUGGAGCUCUUCCGGCGCAUCGAGACCAUGCGCGGCCGGAAGGAUGCGAAGGUCCAGUUCCAGUGUCAGGUGUCCUACCUUGAGAUCUACAAUGAGCAGAUCCGUGAUCUGCUCGUACCUUUGACGGACAAGCCGGCGAAGCUGACGGUCCGUAACCAUCCGAAGUUGGGGACCUAUGUUGGAGGCUUGACGACGAACGCAGUCACGACAUAUGAAGAGGUGCAAAGUAUCCUCGACUUUGGCGCCAAGUCGCGCAGCGUUGCAGCGACCCAGAUGAACUCUGCCUCCUCGCGGUCUCACUGCAUCUUCAACUUCGUGCUGCUGAAACGCGAGUCUGCAGAUGGGGUGGACUCGGAGCAAAGAGCGAGUGUCAAUCUUGUAGAUCUUGCAGGUUCUGAGCGACAAAAGAAAACUGGAGCCAGCGGGAGCCUGCUAAAGGAAGGUGCCAUGAUCAACCAGUCUCUUUCAAACCUGGCUUUGGUCAUCAACAAGCUAGCGGCCUCUGCACGCGAAGACGGCAAGAGCGACUUUGUCCCGUUCCGCAACUCCAAACUUACACACAUUCUGCAAGAGUCGCUGAGCGGCAACUCCAAGACGGUGAUGAUCGCUGCACUGUCGCCAGCACUUUCCAACCUCGACGAGACGCUUAGCACAUUGAAGUUUGCGCAGACGUGCAAAAAUGUGGCGACGAAGGCAGUCAGGAAUCAGGAGACUUCGGCCAGCAUAGCCGAGGAGCUGACUGCCGAGAUCGCGAGGCUGAAAGAACAGCUUGCAGCGCAAAACGAUAGUCGUCUCCAGCAACAGCUCCAUGACACGGAGCAGCUGCUGGCCCAGAUGGAGAAGGAUUAUCAGGCCCAGAUCGCCGAGGCAAGAGAGAUGGAAGCCUUGCGCAAGCAGGCAUUGUGCGACAUGGGCCUGAGCCUGGCGGAGAUCUCGGGGGCUCUCGGAAUGGAUCGAAACGUUCCCCAGCUGGUGAAUCUGUCGGAUGAUGCCUCAUUGACUGGAUGCUUGGUGUACUUCCUGCCCGAGGGAGAGCCAACGACCAUCGGUAUGGACAAAGAAUGCACCCUA